AUGGAGAAAGACACAAAAUCAAGGUUUAAAAGGAUUUGUGUUUUCUGUGGUAGCAGUUCAGGCAAGAAGCCAAGCUAUCAACAAGCUGCUAUUGAGCUUGGAAAAACACUGGUUGAGAGAAGAAUUGAUUUGGUGUAUGGAGGUGGAAGCGUGGGUUUAAUGGGUCUUGUUUCUCAAGCUGUUCAUGAUGGCGGCCGACAUGUACUAGGGGUUAUACCAAGAACUCUUAUGCCCCGAGAGAUAACAGGCGAAACUAUAGGAGAAUUACGGGCUGUAUCUGAUAUGCACCAAAGAAAAGCAGAGAUGGCCCGUCAAGCCGAUGCCUUUAUUGCCCUUCCAGGUUACUACAACUCUUUGUUGUCCUUCCUUGAUAAGGCCGUUGAUGAAGGCUUUAUUUCCCCAAUUGCACGUCGCAUAAUCGUGUCCGCCCCAACACCACAACAAUUGGUCACACAGCUUGAGGUGAUUAGCAUUAAUUGA